UUUUUUUUCUCUUUGUUCAUUGUGUCAGUUACCCAUUUACCCCUCUUCAUAUUUACAAAUAUACACUAUACACACUGAAAAGGAUAUAUUAUAAAGUUAAGGGCAAUUUGAUUUGUUACACUUCCUACAUUAUUCGAAACAAUUCUUGUCCUUGCUUUUUUUUUUUCCUUUCCUUUCCUCACUGUGUACCUCCUCAAAUGUCAUUGUCUUCAAGCGGCUCCAACCUUUGUCGCUAUAUAUGGAUGAAACGUUUUUGUCAAGACAUUGUCAAAGCUCAACAUGGACGACCAUUAUCACUUGCAACCAAACAAACGAACCGAUUAUCCUCUCCAGUCAACUAUCAACCCAUACCGACUUUUCUAACACCACCUCACAGAACUAACAAGAAGAAGGCUUUAGAAAGAGCUGUUUUGGAACAAGUCAAAGAAAACCGUAUAGAUAAUGCUCAACGUAUAUUGACGGAUAUCUAUCGAUCGGGUCAUACACCAACCAUAGGCGCAUACAAUCAGAUCAUCAAAGCAUUAUCGAAACAGUUCAACCAUCGACAAAACCAAAUACAAGCACAUGCACUCCUUGAAGAAAUGGCUGAACAUGGCAUUACACCCAAUUCUCAAACUUAUAUCCAAUUGCUUUUGGGCUAUGCUAUACAUACCAAAUCUAAUGACCAUAUACACCAAAUGCAACUAUUAUUCGAUAUACUAUUACAUUGUGAACAUGGACAACGUUACAAGAGAACUCAUUUCAAGAUCAAAAAACUAGUGGAAGUCAUGGCAACACAAGGGCAUGGUGCUAUUUUACCUAUCAUGAUGGCUACUUUUAAUGCUGGCAUCAAACUCGACAUAUCUAUUUGGAAUAUUGCUCUAGCUGGUUGUGUCCGUGGUGGCUAUAUGGAAGCAUCUGAACAAUUAUUGGAUAUCAUGCGAUUAUCUAGACAAGAAGAAAAGAAUAAUAAGGAACAAGAUUUAGGAUCGAUAUUACCGGAUAUGACUUCAUACCAUACUGUUAUUUCUGGCUACUUGGAUCAAAAUAUGGAUGGGAACAACAUGGAUCGUGCUAUAGGGUUAUUCCAAAAGAUGAUGGAUGAUGGUGUAGUGGCUGAUUAUCGAAUAUAUCAACUUUUCUUACGUGCAUAUACGACUCAAUCAACAUCGACUACAAUGAUGAAUAAGGACGUUCAACUAGAUACACUUCAACGAUUAUGGCGGGCCAUGAUGACAACAACAACGGAUGAACUGCAAAUUGGUGAUGAUGUACUAGAGACGCUCUUGGAAUAUUAUGUACGACAUCAAGAAUAUCCAGCAGUGGAACAAGUAUAUUGGGAUUUACGACAACAUAGAUAUUCAUUGUCAGGACGCAUGGUAUCCCUUUUUUUCAAAACAGUGAUUGGUUUCUCAAAGCAACAACGUCUGAUAUCUGGGAUUGCUAUGUUUUAUGAUUUGUUAUCAUAUGGACAUGGAGCCGACAAUGCAGCAACAUCAUCAUUAUUACGGGCAUGUUCUCUUCGUGGUCAACUGGAUAUGGCACAACAAAUUUUGGAUGUAAUAGAGGAUACAUUACAACAACCUUGUUCUAUCAGUCAUUACAGCAUGAUGGUACAUGGGUACGUAGCACAAGGAAAAAUGGAAUUGGCAACUACAGUAUUCAACAAAGUUAUACAGCUUUGUAACGGAAACAAAUCAUUCGAUGUUCAGUGUUUAUCAGCGGCACGUUUGACCAUGAUUCGAGGCUAUUUCAAAUCAAGGCAGUUGGAUAGGGCAGAAACUUUAUUUCAUCAACAUUUGUCUACGCAACAAGAUGAUAUCAAGAUGGAUAAACGGUUGGUCAAGAUUAUGAUUGAAGGCUAUGGUACUACUAGGAAUAAAACAAAAUUGGAUGAAUUUCUUGGUAGAAACGAUAUUAUCUUGGACGACAUUCAUACUAGGGAUAUUUUGAUUCAGUCUAGACUCAAUUGCGGGGAUCUGGAUGGAGCAGAACGUGAUCUUCAAGAGGGGCUCAAACUACAUGAUGCCAAAUGGCUGCGAAAUUCAAUUCAAUUGGUAUUAUCAAGACUGGCGUUGAAUGGAAAUGUGGCAUCUUGUGAAUAUUGGAUGAAUUUAUUGACAACACAUCAUCUCAUGAAUGCAACUUCUUAUGGAGCACUUAUAGUAUGUUAUGGUGAAGCAGGUGAAACAAUAAAAUUGAAACGGAUGUAUGAUGAUAUCAAUAAACAAGGUCUGAAACUGGAGAAAGGUAUUGAAAACAAGAUCAAGUCCCAAUGGUUAUAGAAACAAAUGUAUAUAGUUAGACUUUAGACUUUCUUAACCAUUUUAGUUUAGUAUUGUAUUUUAUUUUAUUUUUU